AUGGCCACGUUAAGUACGAAUGUAAAGAAAGGACAGGCUGUCGAUGACAUAGCAAACGGACCCAAUAUACUCAGGGAAGGAGACAGUAAUAAAGCAAACGACAACACAGCGACAUCCCAAGAGACUUCAAUUAAAGAUUUAGAUUCAGAACCUGACAAGAAUGAGAAACUGAUAAGAGAACUGAAAGAGAGUAUGAACAUAAAAGAUAUAGAUGUAACUAUUUUACCUGAUAAACUAGUGACGUCUGAUCGAGAUGACAGUAAAACGGAUGAAGACGAUAGAGAUGUAACAGAAGAUAGCUCAACAGAUGAUCAUGAAGAAGAGAAGGAAACUGCUGAAGUACGUGAAGAAACUACUCCAAGUAAGGAUAAAACAAAUGAAUCCAGUGAUGAUAGUGAUAAAACUCUUAUAAUGGAUGGGAUAGACGAUACACAACUAGAUAAAAUUGGUGAUAUACUAAAUAUGGAGAGACAAAAGACAAAAAAACAACAGUCAACUGAGACCGAAGAUGAAUAUGUAACAACAACGAAACCAAGAAGAAAAAAAGCGACAAAAACUACAGCACCGGGAAAAUACAAUAAUCAUUUCGUAAAAAAAACAAUAGCCCAUGUAAAUAAAUUUACUCAUUCAGCGUUAAGAAAACACAAAUCAUCAACGCAUAGAAAAUUGUAUGUCAAGAGAAUUACAAAGAAUCGAAUCACAGUAAGCGGAAAAUAUACGACAAAGCAUAAAAGGCUACACGCUAACAAACUUAUAAAGAAAUCAACGAAUGUACGAGAACUAGAACCUACAACACAUAUAAUUGAUGAAGAAGCGGAAACAAGCUCUGGAACUACAUCAGUACAAGUGAAUAUAAAACGUUAG